AUAUCAAACAGGGACCUCAUGAAAUAGUUUGGAGGGCACGACUUCUGAAAUCCUUGAAAAGAAUCAGUGUUUAUACUCCCUUUUGAUAACCAGGAAUUGAGCGGGGAUAAAAGCAGCCUUUACAGUCUUUCAAAUGGAGCAUGAGAGGAGCUGUUAACAAUUUAUAGGGGUCUGAAAGCAGAGGCUGGCCGCCUAUUUUUCUCAGCUGAAGUGUUGGUGUCUUAAUCCUUUACAAUCGGGAAGAAUUAUGUCAAGACCAUUUACCUGGUUAGCAGUCUUCCCUUUUACCUUCUAAGAAUCUUGAUGUUUGGUUAGAGUUUAGCUGCUGCCUCAGAAAUUGAAAUCCACGUAGCUGACCAGUUGUUCCAUUAUGGAUGGAGGGGAUGAUGGUAAUCUUGUUAUCAAAAAGAGGUUUGUGUCCGAGGCAGAACUAGAUGAACGGCGCAAAAGGAGGCAAGAAGAAUGGGAGAAAGUUCGAAAACCUGAAGAUCCAGAAGAAUGUCCAGAGGAGGUUUAUGACCCUCGGUCUCUGUAUGAAAGGCUACAGGAACAGAAAGACAGAAAGCAGCAGGAGUAUGAGGAGCAGUUCAAAUUCAAAAACAUGGUAAGAGGCUUAGACGAAGAUGAGACUAACUUCCUCGACGAGGUUUCCCGGCAGCAGGAACUACUAGAAAAGCAGCGAAGAGAAGAAGAACUGAAAGAACUGAAGGAAUACAGAAGUAAUCUCAACAAAGUUGGACUUUCUCCAGAAAACAAGAAGGAGGUGGAGAAGAAAGUGGCUGUGAAAUCCAUAGAAACCAAGAACAAGUUCUCCCAGGCGAAGCUGUUGGCAGGAGCUGUGAAACAUAAGAGCUCAGAGAGCGGGAACAGCGUGAAAAGACUGAAGUCGGACACUGACCCAGAUGACAAGAGUCAAGAAGCCCCGUCCUGCAUGUCUCUUGGAAGCACGUCCCUGAGCACUCCUUCCAUCCACUGCCCCUCUGCCGCGGUCUGUAUUGGCAUCCUCCCAGGCUUGGGUGCCUAUUCCGGCAGCAGCGACUCCGAGUCCAGCUCAGACAGUGAAGGCACCAUCAACGCCACUGGCAAGAUCGUCUCCUCCAUCUUCCGAACCAACACCUUCCUCGAGGCCCCCUAGCUCCCGUGUCCCUCCCAAGCUCCUGCCCAAGAGUAGACCGGACGGUUUGUUCUGCCUACGGGCAUUACCUCCCUCAGAACUCCUUUGCCUGCUUCCUGUGCACACCGUGACAUUUUUAACCUCAUCUAAAAAUGUGCCAGAGUCCA